AUGGAAAAUGAGUAUAUUUAUUGGGAGCAGCAGGAUUCUGAUAUGCUUUGCGCAGUCAAUGCACUAAAUUCUCUAUUGCAAGGCCCGCAUUGGAAUGCAGUCAGUCUUGCAACUAUUUCUCAAGAGCUAGACACUGAAGAAAAUCAGCUUCUUUCAGGAUCUCAACAAUUUGAUGCUGGCGCUAAUGUGGGGGAAAGCGGAUAUUUUUCUGUGCAGGCUUUACAAAGAGCACUCACAGCAUAUGGCUUGGAGUGUGAUUAUUAUAACUCUGAAAUGAAACGUGGAAAUGACCCAGUCAACGAAAAAGCUUUUAUUUGUAAUAGGCUUGAUCAUUGGUAUUCCUUAACUCACUCCUUUUGUGAGAGAAACAAAAGCAUUGGGAAAAAUCCUGGGUGAGUAAAAAAUUUUAUAAAAAAUAGCUUGGCAUAUAAGUGAUAAUUAUUAUAAAGAAAUGCCUAGCCAAUUCUGUGAAGUUUGCAUUUUAAAAUUUAUAUAUUUUUAUGAAUCAAAUUAAUUUUUUUUUUAACUUAUGUGAAUUGAUUUGUUUACAAUCUCUAAAAUAAAAUGUAUUAUUGAAUUUUUUUUUGCUUACAGAAGGUGGGAGUAAGAAAAAUUAAGGAUACGUGAUGAAAUUUAAACAGCUUGAAUGAGCAGCCUGGCCCUCAAAGAGUUGGAGAAUUUUAUUUGUCAGCGCUUUUGCACAAUAUACAGUCAGAGGGCUAUACAAUUUUUGUAGUUAGGGGAGAGCUACCAGAGUCUAAUAAAGAUUUCUGGCCUGAUUUAGGAGAAAACCAGUUUUGGAUCCCCAGAUCUUUAUUGGAGCCAGAACAAAGAGCCCCAAACCCUGACGAAGAUAUUGCAAAAGCUAUAGAAAUGAGCUUAAAAGAAUCAGAAAACCAGAUGGACCCAGAUUUAUAUUGGGCAGUCCAAGAGAGCUUAAGAGCUGAAGAGGCAAGAGUUUUGCAAGAGCAGGUGCAGAAAAAUGCUGUCGAAUUGAAGCAAAUUCCAGAGUAUGAAGGAGAAAAUGCCUUUACGAUAAGAUUAAGACUACCUGAUGGGAAAUUCGAAACUAAAAAUUUUUUGCCGGAAUGUAAGCUAAGUGAUGUCAUUAAUUGGGGGAAGUUCAUUACUAAGAGAGAAGUACAGUUAGUAGAAACCUUCCCAAGAAAUGUGCUAAAUGAGCUUGACAAGACUUUACAAGAAGCUGGAUAUGGUCCAAGCAACAAUGCAUUAAUCUUAGAAUAUCUCACCAAUUAA